GACCUACCUGUUUGCGACCUUGGUCCAGAAUCUUCAAACCUUGGUUUUGGACGAGGCCGACCGGCUCUUGAGCCUGGGCUUCCUGCCUGAGGUGCGGGAGAUCGUGUCGUACCUUCCCACGCAGCGCCGCACCAUGCUCUUCUCUGCAACCAUGCCUGAAAGUGUCAUGGAUGUGGUGUCCAAAGCAUGCCGUGGCAACUACCGCUACAUCGACUGUGUUGGGGAGGAGUCCCAGUCAACUGCCAGCACUGCGGAGCAGUCCUACGUGGUCUUGAACGGGCACCAGUGCCUCGCAGCGCUGUACAACCUCAUCAUGAACGAGAUGGCUGCAGACAGGUAUGGUUACAAAAUCUUGGUCUUCUUUGCCACAGCCCGACUGACAACCUUCAUGGCCCAGUUCUUCCGGGAGCAGCUGCGAAUAGGCGUCUACGAGAUCCACAGACGACGUGAUGCUGAUGCACGGAUUGCGACACAAGAGCGCUUCAAGGAAGCGCAGUCCGGCAUCCUCUUUUCCUCAGAUGUCUCGGCUCGGGGCAUGGACUAUCCCAAUGUGACUCUCGUGCUGCAGUUCGGAGCACCAGCAACUCGAGAGAUGUACAUCCACCGAGUGGGUCGCACGGCACGUGCAGGCAAGAGUGGCCAAGCUGUCCUCAUUCUGGGAGAACUUGAGAGCUCCUUUUUGACAGCGGUGCAGGACUUGCCCAUCCGGCAGCAUGAGAGGGCAGAGGAGUUGAAGCGAGUCAACGAGUUGCUCAUCAAGGCGACAACUUCCUGGCUUGCCUCUGCACCGCUUCGGGCAGCAGCCAGUGCCGCUUUCGCCUCACUUCUCGUCCACUACAAGGCUACACAUCGGAUCUUGCACAUGGAGGAUGAUGCUGUCAUUCAGGCUGCGAGCGAUCUUCUGCUUGGCUGUGGACUAGUCGAUCAACCCGUGAUCUCACGGCGCUUGGGUGUCAUGCUUGGCCUCGAGAAGAAUCCCUUGAUCCAAUGUGCGAGGCGGAUCGGAGAGCAGGACGACGUGCUGCAGGAGCAAGAACUUCCAGGAGCUGUUGGCCCCUGGAGAGGGUGA